AUGAGUGUUAUUGUGUUAAGUGGUGGUUUUAUUGACUAUUCUAGUGGAUGGGAUCAUGCUCAUGCAACUUUUUAUGGUGAUAUGAGUGGUCGGGAUACCAUGCAGGGAGCUUGUGGAUAUGGUGAUUUAAUAAGACAAGGAUAUGGACUCGAGACAACAGCGUUAAGCAGUACACUCUUUAACGAUGGAGCAAGUUGUGGAGCAUGUUUUGAAAUAAAGUGCAUAGAUUCCAAAUGGUGUAAAGCAGGCGUCGAAUCAAUUCAAGUGACGGCUACUAACUUUUGUCCUCCAAAUUAUACAAAGACGGUUGAUAUUUGGUGUAACCCACCUCAAAAACACUUCGAUUUGUCCAUGCCUAUGUUCGUAAGAAUAGCAGAAUACCAAGCUGGAAUUGUCCCUGUUGUGUAUCAAAGAGUGAUGUGCCACAGAAGAGGUGGGAUUAAGUUUGAAUUAAAAGGGAAGUCAUCUUGGUUCCUUGUGUUAGUAUACAACGUUGGAGGUGUUGGGCAAGUUGUUGAUGUGAAAGUCAAAGGUUCAAGGACCAAUUGGUUACAAAUGUCUCGUAAUUGGGGCCAAAAUUGGCAAACAUUAGAAAACCUGCAAGGACAAAGCUUAUCAUUCCAAGUUAAAACCAGCGAUGGUGGAGUGGCACAAUCCAAUGAUGUUGUGCCAUCUAAUUGGCAAAUUGGUCAAACAUAUGAAGGACAAUACUUUUAG